AGAAGAAAGGUCGUUAAUUCCUGUUUCCGAGUUUGAAAUUGUUGAAGUUGGAUUUGGCGUUUGAUGGAGUCUCAGCCUCAGAGAGAUCGCAGGGCAGAUGCUCUUGGAGAUCUUCGUGUCCUUCACGAUGAAAUCCUCUGCACAAUUUUGGAACGACUCACUCCACGAGAUGUUGCUCGCGUCGCUUGCGUUAGCAGUGUAAUGUACAUACUGUGCAAUGAAGAACCACUGUGGAUGAGUCUAUGUCUAAAAGAAGUAUCUGGUUUGCUUCAAUACAAAGGCUCUUGGAAGAAAACUGCCCUGCAUAAUGAGAAUCUGCCGGACAAAUACAAAGAGUACCAUCGAGGACCUUUAUAUUUUGAUGGGUUCAACUCUUUAUUUUUGUACAGGAGAUUAUACCGGUGUCAUACAACAUUGGAUGCAUUUUAUGCAGAUAACGGGAAUGUGGAAAGAAUAAAAGACAUCUCAUUGAAGGACUUCUAUAGAGAGUAUGAUGCGAAGAAACCGGUUAUGCUUACUGGAUUGGCUGAUACAUGGCCUGCCAGGCAUAAAUGGACAACUGAUCAGCUGUUGCUAAACUAUGGAGAUGUAGCAUUUAAAAUUUCUCAAAGGAGCUCCAGGAAGAUCUCCAUGAAGUUCAAGGAUUAUGUCUCAUACGUGAAAGUUCAGCAUGAUGAAGAUCCCUUAUAUAUUUUUGAUGAAAAGUUUGGCGAAGUUGCACCUAGCUUAUUGAAGGAUUAUUGUGUGCCUCAUCUUUUUCAAGAAGACUUCUUUGAGAUUUUAGAUGCAGAUAAACGACCAUCCUAUAGGUGGCUUAUAAUUGGACCAGAGAGAUCUGGUGCCUCUUGGCAUGUUGAUCCUGCUCUUACCAGUGCAUGGAAUACUCUUCUUUCUGGCCGUAAAAGGUGGGCAUUAUAUCCUCCAGGAAAGGUCCCUUUGGGUGUGACAGUGCAUGUUAAUGAAGAAGACGGUGAUGUCAAUGUUGAGACUCCAUCAUCACUGCAGUGGUGGCUAGACUUUUAUCCUCUUCUUGCUGAUGAAGACAAGCCAAUUGAAUGUACACAACUACCUGGAGAGACAAUUUAUGUUCCAAGUGGUUGGUGGCACUGUGUUCUAAAUGUGGAAACAACUAUUGCUGUCACACAGAAUUUUGUGAAUUCCAAUAACUUUGAAUUUGUAUGUUUGGAUAUGGCACCUGGUUAUCAUCAUAAAGGAGUUUGCCGUGCUGGGUUGCUUGCUUUAGAUGAAGAUAAUUAUGAAAAUCUCAGACAGAACAUGUCAUGUAAUGAAAAAAACUUAGGCAACUCCGAUUUGUCGAGGAAAGGGAAAAGAGCCAAAACUCUGAAAGAUGCAGAUGAUCUAUAUUAUGAAAGAUCCAUAAAUGGUGCAUCUAGAAGCUAUAAUUUAUGGAAAGAUGGAUUUUCCUAUGAUGUAAAUUUCUUAUCCAUGUUUUUGGAUAAGGAUAGAGACCACUAUAAUUCCCUGUGGAGUUCCGGCAACAGUAUUGGUCAACGAGAACUAAGAGAAUGGUUAUACAAGCUUUGGAUUCAGAAACCAAAAAUGAGAGAGCUAAUAUGGAAGGGAGCAUGUGCUGCACUAAAUGCUGGCAAAUGGUUAGAAUGCGUAUCAAAAAUUUGUGCCUUCCACAAUUUGCCCCCUCCCACUGAUGAUGAAAGGCUUCCUGUUGGUACGGGUAGCAAUCCUGUAUAUCUAGUGGGAAACUCUGUUGUUAAGAUUUUUGUCGAAGGAGGACUGGAAGCUUCACUUUAUGGUUUAGGCACAGAGCUAGAAUUUUACAGUCUGCUGCAUGAAGUCAACUCCCCUCUCAGGAAACAUAUUCCUGAUGUUUUGGCCAGUGGGAUUGUUUAUCUUGAAAAUGGAUCUUAUACCAAUUUAACUUGGGAUGGAAAAGGAGUUCCUGAUGUCAUUGCCGAGAGCAAUCUUAUCAGGAAGAAAUGCGAUGUUGAUGGUUUCUCAUUUGGGGUAUGGAGCAAGAAACAGUUAGAGUAUAGGAAUGCUGGAAUGCUGGUCGAUGGAUCAGUUAGUGGUCACUCAAGCAUAUGGCCAUAUAUGAUAACAAAACGAUGUGAAGGGAAUAUGUUUGCAGAGUUAAGAGACAAACUAUCAUGGGAAGAUACAACAAACUUGGCCGCCUUCUUGGGGGAGCAGCUGCGCCACCUUCAUCUUUUGCCACAUCCUCCUUUAAAUAUUUCAUCUUUCUCUGAUGCUGAUCAUGAAUUUAGCCUGCCUGAGACCAAUGGUUGUAUUGCAACUGUUAAUUAUAAUUCAAACACUGCAGCAGAAUGGGGAGUCUUCACCAGAACCUUAACAAAGAAGAGGAAGGAUGUCUCAAGCCGUUUGACCAAGUGGGGAGAUCCAAUUCCUGGCAAACUAAUAGAGAAAAUUGAUGAAUAUAUCCCUCCUGAUUUUACUAAGCUGCUAAAUAUAACGGAGAAUUUUGCAAGCGGUGUUUGUAAACCUUGUUCCUGGAUACACUCUGACAUUAUGGAUGAUAACAUUUACAUGGAACCAUCAAUGGUUUGUUCUACCUCCAGUGGGAAUAAAGAAGAUACUGCCCUGGUGGACAAUGGUUUUGUGAGUAACUAUGAUGAAGUGAAAUCCUGGUGUCCAAGCUACAUCCUUGAUUUCAGUGAUAUUUCGAUAGGUGAUCCUAUUUUUGACUUGAUACCAAUUUAUUUGGAUGUGUUUAGAGGUGAUUCGAAUCUCCUUAAGCGAUUUUUAGAAAGCUACAAACUUCCUUUUGCUAGUAACAUAUCAAAGCCAACAGAGGGUGGUCAAAAGUUUGGCCGACUUUCAUAUAUUGCUAUGUGCUAUUGUAUUUUGCAUGAUGACAAUGUCUUGGGAGCUAUUUUUAGCAUAUGGGAUGAACUGAGAUCAACAAAGUCAUGGGAAGAAGUUGAGCUGACAGUGUGGGGGGAGUUGAAUAAUUACAAAGGUUUUCCUUGACCAUUCGCUGCAUUUAAAUGUUUUGGGAACCUGAUCGCAUGUCAAAGCCCCGGUGAUAAAUAUAUGUUUAACUUGUCUAGUAGCCAACCAAAAAAAAAAUGAAAGAAAGAAAGGAAUUUAACAUAUCAAUUGGUUGCCUGUUAGCUUUUUUGUUGAUUGUAUUGUUUGAGAAUUCGUAAUAAAGCGUUCCCCUGCUUACAGUUGAUGCAGUUGUGGAGUUACUGCA